UACUACUUUUCAGAUAUCUACAACAUAACAGAAUUCGAGCUGUGAGUCCUAACGCAUUCAGAGGACUAUACAAUCUAACAAGACUGUAAGUUCAUAAUAUUCAUACAUCGAUGGGUGCACUUGACAGUGUUAUGUUGGACUUUAUAAUGAAAAGGAAAAGAGGGAUAAAAAGUCAGUUGUAGAACUUAAUUGCCUUCAACCGAAAUGUGUCUUUCGCAUUUAACCCAACCCCUCUGAAUCAGGGAGGUGAGGGGGGCUGCCUUCACCGACAUCCACGUCUUCGGCACCCGGGGAACAGUGGGUUAACUGCCUUUCUCAGGGGCAGAACGACAGAUUUUUACCUUGCAUGUUGUUGAUUUAAGUUUUCCUUAUCAAGUUGCUUAUGUUUGAAAUAAAUGGUAAAUAAUUCAAUGUGCAUAUUUAAAAUCUGAAUUUUCUGCUUCAGAUAUUUAAGCUAUAACAAGAUAUCCAUCCUGAUGCCCGGGGUGUUCCAAGAUCUACACAAGCUGGAGUGGUUGAUCCUUGAAAACAACAGUAUCCAUCAGAUAUCCCCCAUGACCUUUUCAGGCUUGCGUUCCUUGGUACUCCUGGUUUUGUUGAACAACGCUCUGACAAAGCUGGAUGACAUCUGCCUGGAAAUGCCACGACUAAACUGGCUGGACAUGGAGGGAAAUCAAAUUGAAAGUGUUGGAAACGUAACAUUCUGGUCGUGCAACAUGAUGACUGUGCUUGUCCUACAGAAGAACAGAAUCAGUCGCAUACAUGAACAGGCGUUCUCAUUUCUAAAGAAACUUGGGGAAUUAGAUCUGUCCAGCAACAGACUCGUGGCAAUCCCUCCCAAUCUCUUUGUUCAUCUGGGAGAUUUACUACAGCUGAACAUCUCGUGUAACCCUAUUGUGGAUCUCCAAGUUGACCACUUUGAUAACUUGCAUAAAUUGAAAUCCUUGAGCAUAGAGGGAAUCGAGAUUGGGAACAUACAGCGAAGGAUGUUUGAACCACUCAAACAAUUGACCCACAUUUACUUUAAGAAGUUCCAGUACUGCGGCUACGCCCCUCACGUGCGCAGCUGCAAGCCCAACACGGACGGCAUCUCGUCCUUCGAGGACCUCCUGGCCAACAUCGUCCUGAGGGUUUUCGUCUGGGUGGUGUCGGCCACCACGUGCUUCGGCAACAUCUUCGUCAUCUGCAUGCGCUCCUACAUCCGAUCGGAGAACAAGCUCCAUGCCAUGUGUAUCAUCUCCCUAUGUUGUGCCGACGGACUGAUGGGCGUUUACCUCUUCAUGAUUGGUGCCUACGACCUCAAGUUCCGCGGUGAAUACAACCGCCACGCCCAGGCCUGGAUGGACAGCGUCCAGUGUCAGGUGAUCGGCUCCCUCGCCAUGCUCUCCACCGAGGUCUCUGUCCUCCUUCUCACCUACCUCACCCUGGAGAAGUACAUCUGUAUCGUCUACCCCUUCCGGUAUUUAACCCCCGGCUGCCGGCGCACUGUCUCGAUCCUUCUGAGCAUCUGGUUUAUUGGCUUCAUCAUCGCCUUCCUCCCCCUGGUAUUCAAAGGAUUGUUCAGGAACUUCUAUGGUACCAACGGCGUGUGCUUUCCGUUACACUCAGAGCAGCCUGAGACAACGGGGGCGCAGGUGUACUCCAUCGUCAUCUUCCUGGGCCUGAACCUGGUUGCAUUCCUUAUAAUCGUACUGUCCUACGGGAGUAUGUUCUACAACAUCCAGAGGACAGGGACACAGACGACAAAAUAUAGUAACCACAUCAAAAAGGAAGUGACCAUAGCCAAGAGGUUCUUUUCCAUCGUCAUCACCGACUCUCUUUGCUGGAUACCCAUAUUUGUCCUCAAGAUUCUAUCACUGUUGCAGGUGGAAAUUCCAGGAACCAUCAGCUCCUGGGUGGUGAUCUUCAUUCUGCCCAUCAACAGCGCCCUCAACCCCAUCCUGUACACCCUGACCACACGGCCAUUCAAAGAGACCAUCCUCCAGGUGUGGGCCAACUACAGGCAGAGGAGACCUCAUGAGCAACCACACAGCCCACCAACCUCAUUCACAUUGCAGGAGAUGUGGCCUCUCCAAGAAAACAGCCAGACCCUGACUUCGCCUGGCGACUACCUGGCGAAUCCCUCAAAAAUAUCCUGCACGUCUCAGCUACUGCCCGUGGAAAGAACAAACGGUGUAUAAUGCCCUUCGGUUUCAACAAUUCAUGUGGGUUCAUGUGAAUGGUACGUUUACAGCAUGUUGACGGUUGUAGAGUCAAUUAACAUUUUGCACUGUGAUUUGUACAGACAAAGGAUCUCAUUGUACAUGUUGGACUAUGUGCAAUUCUACUCUGCUGAUGCUUAGACUUUGGCUUUGUGAAUGCCUUUGGUUUGAUGUGAUUAUUAACAUACUUAUUCCUAAAAACAUAAAUCACACCCAUCAGCAUUCAUUUAUGUAUAGUAGAUUGCUCCUGAUGUACUGGAGCCUACAGACUGUGUACAGUAUUGUAUAGAAUAAAGCAAUCACUGUCA